CUCAGUAGUUCAUGCCAAGUCCGCUCGCUGGUGUUAUUUCAUACUCGUGUCCCUGAUCACGUUAGGUAAAAGGGAGAAGGUAUUGUUUGCGUACACUCAAGAGAGCACCACACCAAGCUUACAAAGCCCUGGGAGAGCGAGCUGCCCUAGCACACAGGCUGCCGCCGCGCGCUCCCUCGUUUCUUUUCACGUCACCGCACCUACAGCCUUGCGCGCUUUUGCGCGCCUCCUGCCGUGACCGGUGCGGUUGCUUUCGCAUUUCUCCUCUCAUCUCACGGAAAACUCGCCGCAGCAGUCCGCCGAAUAGCGAGCACUUACACAGUACUUGCCUUGUACGGUUGCGAGAAUCAGAAGACAGGUCCGUAUUCCUUCUCCUUAUCUUAAAGACACGCCAUGGGGAAACAGAACAGCAAGCUGACCCCCGAGGUGAUGGAGGACCUGGUGAAGAACACAGAGUUUAACGAGCAUGAGCUGAAGCAGUGGUACAAGGGCUUCCUGAAGGACUGUCCUAGUGGCCGCCUCAACCUGGAGGAGUUCCAGCAACUCUACGUGAAGUUUUUCCCUUACGGUGAUGCAUCCAAGUUUGCCCAGCAUGCUUUCCGCACCUUCGACAAAAAUGGAGAUGGCACCAUCGACUUCCGGGAGUUCAUCUGUGCCCUGUCCAUCACAUCGCGAGGGAGCUUCGAGCAGAAACUCAACUGGGCCUUCAACAUGUAUGACUUGGAUGGGGACGGCAAGAUCACGAGAGUGGAAAUGCUGGAAAUCAUCGAGGCGAUCUACAAGAUGGUGGGCACCGUGAUCAUGAUGAAGAUGAAUGAGGAUGGCCUGACGCCUGUGCAGCGCGUCGACAAAAUCUUCAGUAAGAUGGAUAAGAACAACGAUGACCAGAUCACGCUGGAGGAGUUUAAAGAGGCCGCAAAGAGUGACCCAUCCAUCGUAUUACUGUUGCAGUGUGACCUGCAGAAAUGAGUGGCGUGCAACAGGACUGCACACGAGAGUUAAUGUUCCAUUCAGUUUGCAGCUAUUUCCACUGACAAAGAUUGCUUGGACUACCUUUCAACGGAUCCGCUUCCUGUGUUUGAAACACUCGUGUGCAUGAGAAUGUUCUUUGCUAACCAAUUUUACACAUGCACACACACACAAGCACACACUUCCUCACACACAUGCAAAACACAUAGACACACCCUCUUACAUACAAUACAAGCUCAUAAACAUAUACAGAACAUACCAUGCACAAAUAGUUUU